AUGGUUGAGAAUGUCUUACCUCUGCUUCAACUGAUGGCUGAGAGAGUAGGAGAUCAGAUUAAUGAUGGAGACUCUCGACUUUUCGAGGUAGGUGAGGAUGAUCAAACUCAUGAAGAUGCUCAACUCUCCGAGGUAGAUGAGAAUGAUCAGACUGUUGAAGUCUCUCGACUCUCCGAGCAAGAUGAGGAUGACCGUGCUACAAUAGAGGAAGCAAACAACUCAUCGGUGUCAUUUUUUGCUCUUCACAAGGACGUUGACAAUGUUCUGGAUUUCAUGGAGAGAUUAAAGAAUGAAGAAGAUCAAAAGGCUGUUGAUGUGGAUCUAAUUGAAAAGCUGAAAUUGAAGCUGACAUUUCUUUGUACAUAUAUCCAGCUUUCUUAUUCCGAUUUGGAGCAGUUUGAAGAUAUAAUGACUAGAAAAACACAAGAGGUUGAGAAUCUGCUUCAACCAAUUUUGGAUGAUGAUGGCAACAAAUUCGGGUGUAAAUAUGUCCUUACUAGCCUCGCCGGUAAUAUGGAUGACUGUAUCAGCUCGCAUCAUCGUUCUAAAUCGGAUGCCACCAUGAUGGAUGAGCAAUUGGACUUCCUCCUCUUGAAUCUCUAUCAUCUAUCCAAGAAUCAUGCUGAAAAAAUGUUUCCUGGAGUGACUCAAUAUGAGGUUCUUCAGAAUGUAUGUGGCAAUGUCAGAGAUUUCCAUGGGUUGAUAGUGAAUGGUUGCAUUAAGCAUGAGAUGGUUGAGAAUGUCAUACCUCAGUUUCAACUCAUGGCUGAGAGAGUAGGACACUUCCUAUGGGAUGAGCAGACUGAUGAAUAUGCUCAAAUCUCCAAGCAAGAUGAGGAUGAUCAGAAUGAUAGAGACUCUCGAAUCUUCAAGCUAGCACAUCUACUCUUGAAGAUUAUUCCAACUGAACUGGAGGUUAUGCACAUAUGCUAUACAAAUUUGAAAGAUUCAACUUCAGCAGAAAUUGGACGCUUUAUUAAGAAGAUCAUGGAAACCUCUCCGGACAUUCUUUGGGAAUAUCUUAUUCAUCUACAAGAGCACAUGAUAACUGUUAUUACCCCUAGCACUUUAGGGGAUCGAAAAAUUCAUGUCAUGAUUGAGUUCCUAUUAAUUAUUCUUUUUGAUAUGCCCAAUGACUUUAUUCAUCAUGACAAAUUAUUUGAUUUUUUGGCAUUUGUUGGAGCACUUAUCAAAGAGGUAUCAACUCUUGUUCGCGACUUAGAAGAGAAAUUAAGGAAUAAAGAGAGUACCGAUGAGACAAAUCGUGCAACCCUAAAGUUACUAGAAAUUAUUGAAAUCCUCAAGGAAGAUCUCAAACAUGUUUAUCUGAAAGUCUCAGAUUUAUCUCAAUGUUGCUUCCCCAUGAGUGAUGGACCUCUCUUUAUGCAUCUGCUACAGAGACACUUAGAUGAUUUGCUGGAUUCCAAUGCUUAUUCAAUUGCUUUGAUAAAGGAACAAAUUAGGCUGGUGAAAGAAGACCUAGAAUAAAUAAGAUCUUUUUCUGUGAAUAUUGAGCAAGAAUGGUAUAAAGAUCUCUGGGCACGUGUUUUAAAUGUGGCAUAUGAGGCAAAAGAUGUCAUUGAUUCAAUUAUUGUUCGAGAUAAUGGUCUCUUACAUCUUAUUUUCUCACUUCCCAUUACCAGAAAGAAGAUCAAGCUUAUCAAAGAAGAUAUCUCCAAUUUACAUGAGAAGAUUCCUGAGAAUAGAGGUCUCACUGUUCUGAACUCUCCCAAGAAGCCAGCUGACAAAUCAUUGACAACUGAUAAAAUAAUUGUAGGUUUUGAGGAGAAGACAAACCUGAUACUUAGAAAGCUAACCAGUGGACCGGCAGAUCUAGAUGUCAUUUCUAUCACUGGUAUGCCGGGUUCAGGUAAAACUACUUUGGCAUACAAAGUAAAAAAUGAUAAAUCAGUUUCUAGCCAUUUUGAACUUCGUGCAUGGUGCACGGUCGACCAAGGAUAUGCCGAGAAGAAGUUGUUGGAUAAAAUUUUUAAUCAAGUUAGUGACUCAAAUUCAAUAUUGAGUGAGAAUAUUGAUGUUACUGAUAAGCUACGGAAACAACUGUAUGGAAAGAAGUAUCUUAUUAGCUUAGAUGACGUGUGGGAUACUACUACAUGGGAUGAGUUAAUAAGACCUUUUCCAGAAGUUGAGAAAGGAAGUAGAAUUAUUUUGACAACUCGAAAAAAGGAAGUGGCUUUGCAUGGAAAGCUCUACACUGCUCCUCUUAAUCUUCGAUUGCUAAGAUCAAAAGAAAGUUGGGAGUUAUUAGAGAAAAAGGAAUUUGACAACGAGAGUUUCCCUGAUGACCUAUUAGAUGUUGGUAAAGAAAUAGCCGAAAAUUGUAAAGGGCUUCUUUUGGUGGCUGAUCUAAAUGCUGGAGUCAUUGCUAGGAGGGAAAAGAAAAGGACUGUGUCGCUUGAAGUUCAAAAUAAUUUGAGUUCUUUUAUUUUGAACAGUGAAGUGGAAGUGAUGAAAGUUAUAAAAUUAAGUUAUGACCAUUUGCCACAUCACCUGAAGCCAUGCUUGCUUUACCUUGCAAGUUGUCCAAAGGACACUGCACUGACAAUCUCUUUGUUGAAAGCUGUAUGGAGUGCUAAAGGACUUGUGGAACAGAUAGAGAUGAAGAGUGUGAAAGAAGUGAUGGAUGUUUAUAUGGAUAACUUAAUUUCCAGUAGCUUGGUAAUUCUUUUCAAUGAGAUAGGUGAUGAACCGAGUUGCCAACCUCAUGAUCUUGUUCAUGACUUUUGUUUUAUAAAAGCAAGAGAGGAAAAGUUGUUUGAAUGGAUAAGUUCAAGUACACCAUCUUCUUCUUCAGAUUUGAUGCCACGUAUAGUGACCAUUCAUUAUAACAGCGAGUUAUUGGGGCUUAACAAUUUUGUCCAGUUUGAUUCAAAUAAGAAAAGGCAUUCUGGUAAACACAUGUAUUCUUUGACAGUAGUUUGUGACGACAGUGUUUCUGAAACAUUUCAACUAAGACACUUGAGGCUUCUUAGAUACUUGGACCUGGAUCCCUCUUUUAUCAAGGUGAAAGAUUCUUUGCUGAAUGAAAUAUGCAUGUUGAAUCAUUUGAGGUACUUAUGCAUUAGGACAGAAGUUAAAUCUCUGCCUUUGUCUUUCUCAAACCUCUGGAAUCUAGAAAUCUUGUUGGUGCAUAAUGAAGGAUCAGCCUUCGCACUAUUACCGCGAAUUUGGGAUCUUGUAAAGUUGCAAGUACUGUCCGUGAAUGAUUCUUCUUUCUUUGAUAUGGAUGCAGAUGGAUCAAUAGUGAUAGCAGAGGACACAAAGUUAGAGAACUUGAGAAUAUUAGGGAAACUACUCGUGCUUUCCUAUUCGAAAGAUGCAAAGUAUAUUUUCACAAGGUUUCCCAAUCUUCAAGUGCUUGUAUUUGUUCUCAAGGAAUCAUGGGAUUAUUCAACAGAACAACAUUGGUUCCCGAAAUUUGAUUGCCUAACUGAACUAGAAAACCUUAGUGUAGGUUUUAAAAGUUCAAACACAAACGACAGUGGGUCCUUCGUAGCAACAAAUCGGCCGUGGGAUUUUCACUUCCCUUCGAAUCUAAAAAAAUUGUGUCUACUUGAUUUUCCCCUGUCAACCAAUUCACUAUCAACAAUAGCGAUACUGCCCAACUUUGAAGAAAUGACACUUUAUGAUACAAUCAUCCAUGGGGAAAAAUGGAACAUGGAGGAGGAAGACACCUUUAAGAAUCUCAAAUGUUUGAAGUUGCAUAGAGUGACUCUUUCCAAUUGGGUGGUUGGAGAGGAAUCCUUUCCCGCGCUUGAGAAAUUAAAACUGGAGGGAUGUUGUGAUCUUGAGGAGAUUCCGCCUAGUUUUGGGGAUAUUUAUUCAUUGAAAAUUAUCGAACUUGUAGAGAGCCCUCAACUUGAAGAUUCUGCUAUGAAGAUUAAGGAAUAUGCUAAAGAUAUGAGGGGAGGAGACGAGCUUCAACUCGUUGGCCGGAAGAAUAACCCGUUAUUUAAGUAG